CUGUCGAACAUCGCUCGCUCACUCACUCCAUCGAUCGUUCAGACAAUAACAAUCUCACCUUCAUCCUAGCCAACCACCUCCAGCGAGGUCAAACACUUCAAUAUACCCAGUCCCGCAAUGUCGCUACCGUACGCAGCAGACGCAGAGCUCUCCCUCUCGCCCUCGGAACUCUCCGUGCUGGCCUCGCAAUAUCAGUCCGAGCUAGCGACGGGUCAUGUCACUACACAGACCAAAUUCAACUAUGCAUGGGGAUUGGUGAAGAGCAAGAGCAGGGAUGAGAUGAGUAGGGGUAUUGGGCUGCUGACAGAAAUCUACCGAUCAGACCCGCCGCGGAGGCGCGAAUGUCUGUACUACCUGUCCCUCGGCCACUUCAAGAUGGGCAACUACGACGAGGCAAGGAGAUUCAAUGCUCUGCUCAUCGAGAGGGAGCCGAACAACCUGCAAGCUCAAUCGCUAAAUUCGCUCAUUGAGAAGGGAGUGGCAAGAGAGGGAUACAUCGGCAUGGCAUUGAUGGGUGGCGCAGCCGCUGUGGGAGGUGUCUUGUUGGCCGGUCUGCUGAGAAGAAGGAGAUGAUCCGGCUCGUCUCAGUCUAUCAAACAGACUGGUCCGCUCAGCCUUGUUUGGCAGAACCUCUUCAUCGCUUCAUUCUCAGCUUUCAGCUUUUGGAUCAUCCAUCACUCCCUCUACGAGGCGGGUAUCAUUCAUUCAUUCAUUCAUCCAUCCAUCCUGUCUUCUCUCCUCUUCCCCUGUCCUGUAAUAUGACCCGUGCACUAUUGUACAAAGAUCUAUCCAUUUUCAAUUUCCCA